UACAAACAAUGGGAAUUAGAGUACCACCACCCUCCCUCCCCUUCCCCACAGCCUAAAAAUCGCACCUUACCUCUCUUCUCACCCGCUACAAGAAGAAUGGCGUGAUUCGAAGCAGGGCAGAGUUGGCGAUCAGAUCCAAACUAGCGAUGAAAUCUACAAUCGUUUCUCCUCAGAUCAAUCCAGAGAUCAGGAUUUCAUAGAUCUAAUUGGAUUUUGCUCUCACUUGGAUCUAUUUAAUUGGUUUUCUGGAUCAAAAAUCUCUUCUUGCUAGCUCCCCUGUUUCUAGAGGAGAUGGAGAGAGAUCGGAAGCUAAAGCAUUGCUGCAAGAUUUGUGGGAAGAGCUUCCCCUAUGGGAGAUCUUUGGGAGGCCACAUGAGGUCCCACUUAGCAUUGAACUCCUCCACCGAGGUCGAGGCGAGGCUGCAGAGCAGCAGGAGCUCCAUUUGGGUCGAAGCUGGCUAUGACCUGAGGGAGAACCCCAAGAAGACUUGGAGGCUAUGGGACUCUGGCAGCCAGGGCUCCCCGAGGCAUGACAAGCUCUGCAGGAAGUGUGGGAAAGGUUUCCUCUCUUGGAAGUAUCUCUUUGGGCAUAUGAGGUGCCAUCCAGAUAAGUCUCACCACAAUUUGGAGGAGGGAAAGCAAGAGCAAGAACUGGAGGAGCAGCAGAGGUCAUGGAGUGGUGCAGGAGGCCAAUCCGUCAAUGAGGUGAUGAUUCCGAGAAGGAGAAGAAGAUCGAGACGGGUGGCUUCGAUCUCAGCCUCAUCGACUCCUGUGUUGGAGCUUGAGAAGGAGCAGGAGGAUGUUGCACGAAGCCUCAUGAUGCUGUCGAGGGACACUAGUUUUUGGAGUGGCAUUAGCUCAGCUGCCGAGUCCGAUAAGAAUUCAGUGGUAUUGGAGAAUUUGAGCUCUGAGAGAGAUGAGAUUGGGAAGGGAAAGAAGAGAUCUGAAUUCAUUUCUUCAAGAAAUGGGAAUAGGAGAGAUGGGCUAAAGAAGGUGGAAUCUGAUGUUUCUUAUGAUGAUGGCUUUGUUAAGGAUGAAAAGUUCAAGAAGCCAAAGGCCUAUGCUUCGGAUAUCGAUGAAUUCGAGUACUCCAAUGAGGCAUCAAGAAAAGGCUCUCUCAAGAAGAAGGAUCUGAAUUAUUGUCUUGCUAAAUUGGAGAAGAAGACUGGAUUUGAUCAGUUGCACUCUGGAGUUGGGAAGUAUAGCAAAUCAGGAUCAAGGUCCGAGUUUGAUGUUUCCAAAGAUGAUUUCAGUAAGGUUUCUAUGAAAAGAGGCCGAUAUGAAUGUACUGCAUGCAACAAGUUCUUUCCUUCUUACCAAGCUCUUGGAGGUCACCGAGCUAGCCACAAGAGGAUGAAGGUCUUGUUUGCAUCAAGGAUUGAAGCCAGCAAUAACAGCUUGGAGAUAGAUGCUUCUAUUAAGCCAGCACGGUUGGAAGAAUUGGUCGAAAAGAAGGUUGGCCUCGAUACUAGCUCUGAAGCAUCAAAAAAGGUCAAGAGUCAUGAAUGCCCAAUCUGUCGCAAAGUUUUCUCAUCAAGCCAAUCUUUGAGGGGUCACAGGAAGUCCCACUUGGUUGCCAGCUCCGAUGGUGGAGGCCUCACUCAUCAGACUAUUGUAAUUCAGCAGCAACCCCUGGGGAUGCCGUUUGAUCUCAACCUCCCAACUCCCACCAAUGAAGGUUCUAGUAAUACCAAUGGGAAUCUCAAGUUCAGGUCUUGGUGGGUUGGAAGAAACCACGAGCACGGGUCGCUUUCUGGCCUGAUCUCCAAUUGAUGAAGAAGAUGCAGGGAGUUUAUACUGUAUACAUUCAUCAGAUAAUUGUUGCAGUUAUAUUCAAUUCAUUCUCUUGGAUAUGCUUGCAAGGCCAUGGCUGCAUUUAUCCUUUACAGCUCCAAAUGUUGAAGUGGUAAGUUCCUUUUUCCCUUCCUGAUUGAAGAAUCCAAAUCUCUGAGAAUUUUCAAUAAUUUUUGUUUCAUUUUCUAUAGACUCAGAAUAAAUCGUUGUUGAGUUACUAAUGAUUGAUGAGCCAACUGAAGUGCUGAAAGAGCAGGCUGCUUUUUUUUUUUUUUUGCGGCAAUUGAGAUUACUUCGAUGUUAUAACACAUUCCUUUUCUUUUUUCCUUCAGUAUGCUGAUAGUCCUCAAAGUCUCAUUGGUAUCAUUUUGGGCAAUCAUGGUUCAUAACUAAUGGCCUAAUGGAAGUGUUAGACGAGCUGAAUGCCACUUGAGAUCUUCUGUUCUUGUCUUCUGUUUCUCACAUCCUCAUCGGACUUUCUUUCCUUUUCCACUUCUUCUUUUUUUAAAAAACUUUUGAUUUGAAAUGUUUUGAAGAAGUCAGCAAGCAAUACACCUUUAUUUUCUGUUAACUUUUGAGCUGUUAUGAUGAUUUUCUUAACUAACCCCCUUUCUGAAUUCAGUAACUCCAGUGACUUGGAGCAACCUGAAGUCUUAUGAAGAAAAAAAUUUAGGAUCUUCUCUUAGGAUAUUGCUUUGCCUCUUCUGGAUCAAAUGUAAAUAAUGUUUAAGACUGACCUGAGAAGUCAGUGCUUAAAAGCAGUUGGUA